AGGCAAGCUUUCUUCCCUGAUAGAGAUAUUUGGAGUGAUGAAUCUUUGCUGCUGUGGAAGGGCAGAUUAGUUUUCAAACAGUAUUUACCCCUCAAAAGAGAUAGGUUUGGAAUAAAGAUUUUCUGUUUGUGUGAUGAGGCAGGCUAUCUGUAUCGCUUUCGUGUGUACACUGGAAAGCAGGACCCACUAUACAAAAUAGACAACUAUGUCCCAGAGGAGUGUCAACAACUGUCAAUGACUUCUAAGGUAGCCCUGGAGCUCCUUGCUCCACUUCUAAACCAAGGCUACCACCUGUACAUUGACAACUGGUACAACUCUAUACCUCUCAUCAGGUUUCAUACACAAAAGUAA